AUGGCCACCGAGGCUGUACCGGAUACAACCCCGAUCGCCAUCAUUGGCUAUGGAUACCGUGCCCCUGGAAUUGGCCGUAAAGGCCUCUGGGAGUACUUGUCCCAAGCUCGUUCUGCGUGGUCGAAGAUCCCCUCAUCGCGGUUCGACCACUCGGCUUUCGCCAACACUCCCAAUGGCCCAGAUCGGGCGGGAGUUUUCAAAAUUGAUGGAGCUCAUUUUCUUCCUGACGAUGUUUACGCUUUUGACGCCCCCUUCUUCAACAUGCGACCAGAGGAGGCCAAGAACACCGACCCGCAGUUCCGUCUGGCCCUGGAGUGUGCCCUCGAGGCCGCCGAGGAUGCGGGUUACAGCCUAACCGACCUUAAUGGGCAACGAAUUGGUGUAUUCAUGGGUGCUGGCCAACAUGAAUACUCUACUAACCUUACCGACGAUCAAUUCUUCCCUGGCACAUUCUCGGCCACUGGAGUUGCCCCAUGUAUGCUCUCCAACCGAGUCUCUUAUUUCCUGAACAUUGAUGGGCCGAGUGUGGCGCUCGAUGCGGCUUGCGCCUCCAGCGUCUACGCUUCCCAUAUCGCCAUGGCCUCAGUCCGCAAUGGCGAUUGUACUGCCGCCUUCGUUGGAGCUGCAUCAUUGAACUUGGGCCCUGGUGGCUGGUUGGCUUUGGGUAAAACCGGAGCGCUUUCCAAGCACGGGCGAAGCUACUCAUACGAUGAGAAGGGCACUGGGUUCGGCCGUGGUGAAGGUGCCGGCUGCUUCUUGAUUAAGCGCUUAGAUGAUGCUAUUCGAGAUGGCGACCCUGUCCACGCCGUUCUCCGUGGCUCUGCUUGCAACCACGGUGGUCGAUCGGAGGGUAUUACCAUGCCAAAUGGCAAUGCCCACCAGAAGCUGAUCCGGAGAGCCCAUGAGUCUGCUGGCCUGGACGUUCGCAGGACUGCCGUGAUUGAGGGCCACGGAACUGGUACCGGUGCCGGUGAUCCUAUCGAAGCCAGUGCGUUUACCAAGGUUUUGGGCGCUGAGCGAACUUCGGAGAACCCCCUCUAUAUCGGUUCUCUGAAGUCUAACUUCGGACAUCUCGAAGGUGCAUCCGGAUUGGUGGGUAUGAUCAAGGCAGUGCUCAUGCUACAGCACGGCAAAGUUCUUCCGACCGCCGGUUUCGAGAAGAUCAACCCCAAGAUUGCGAGCUUGGAAAAGAUUGUUGUCCCGACUGCACCAAUGGACUGGCCCGCUGGCGAGGAGCGACGCAUGCUUAUCACUAACUUCGGUUUCGGUGGUAGUAAUGCUGCUAUUGUCAUCGAUGGUCCUCCUGAGCGAUCCCUGCCCGAAGCGACUCCCCUAUCGGGCGAGGAGAAGCGUCUGUUCGUUUUCUCUGCGAAGAACGAGCUGAGCCUGAAAGGGUUCUUGUCGGAGUUUGAGGAAUAUCUCGAGGAUGAAGCCCCUGAAUCUCCCGAAUUUGUCCGUGACCUGAGUUACACUCUCGGCCAGCGUCGCACUCACUUCGCCUACCGUGCAUUCGGUGUUAGUGACUCCGUGGAGGCCCUUCAAGAGAAGGUCUCUGCUGCCAAGCCAGCUCGUAUCAAGGACCGUGUCAUCGGCUUUGUCUUCACUGGUCAAGGUGCCCAAUACGCCGAGAUGGCCGUGGGACUUCGCAGCUAUCCUGUGUUUGCGCAGAGCCUGCAGGAUGCCGAGAAGAAGCUCCAGGAGAUUGGCGCUCCAUGGUCUCUGGUCGAGGAGCUCUCCAAGCCCUCUGCCGAUUCUCGCAUCAACGAUGCUGAAUUGAGUCAGCCAGCCUGUACUGCGGUGCAGCUUGCCAUUGUAGCUCUCCUUAAGAGCUGGGGUGUGACCCCUCGCGCUGUCACUGGUCACUCCAGUGGUGAAAUCGCUGCUGCUUACACCGCUGGUCUGCUGUCCUUUGACGCAGCCAUUGCUGCCUCGUUCUUCCGUGGACAAGCUGCCGCCAGGUUGCUGGCUACCCAGAAGAAGGGAGCCAUGGCGGCUAUCGGUGUUGGUGCUGAGGAAGCCAGGAAGCUGAUCGAGGAGUCUGCUAACGGUUACGCAACUGUGGCUGCUAUCAACAGCCCCCGAAGCGUGACCGUCUCUGGUGACCCAGAGGCAAUUGACAACGUGCAUGCUGCUGCUGAGAAGCAAGGCCUGUUCGCGAGAAAGCUCAAGGUCGAGAUGGCUUACCACUCUCAACACAUGGAAGAGGUCGCUGAGUGGUACCUGGAAAGCAUCAAGCCUUACUUCCAAAGCACCACCUCCGAGAGCACCGCGGCUUUCGUCUCGUCUGUCUUCGCAGGGGCCGUGGAGCCUUCUGCCGUCGACGCUUCCUACUGGGUGAAGAACCUGGUCCAGCCAGUUCGAUUCUCCGAGGCCAUUGAUGUGCUCUCUACUUUGGCUACAGAGGGUCACAAGAACUCCAUCCCUAACGUGAUCGUUGAGAUUGGUCCCCAUGCCGCUCUGAAGGGUCCUAUCAAGCAGACAGUCGAUGCCGCGAUCGAGAAGGGCGGCGCCCCUCAGCUGUCUUCGUUGGUCUACUCCCCAUCUCUGGUCCGUGGAACUCAGGCUCAGGAGGCUAUCCUUGAGCUUGCUGGUACUCUCUUCACAUUGGGAGUUCCAAUUGAUCUUGGUGCCGUUAACCAAACUUCUAAGGCUAAUGCCAACGUCGUCACUGGCCUCCCCAAGUACUCCUGGGACAAGUCCACCGUCUACAGAGUUGCGCCUCGCGCCUCUGUUGAGAAGAAGCACCCCGGUGAUUCUUACCACCCGCUUCUCGGUCGUCCUCAAAUUUCCGUUGGCGGCCUGGAGCGCGUCUAUCGCCAGGUCUUCAACUUGGAUGAGAUGCCUUGGGUUCGUGAUCACGUUGUUGGCGGAGUUGUUGUCUUCCCCAUGACUGGUUACCUUUCUUGUGCCAUCGAAGCUUGCCGACGAAUGACCGGAAAGCCCGCGGAGUCAUUCCUCUUGCGCAAUGUCUACAUCAAGCAGCGACUCGAGGUGCUGGAGGAGCAGACAAUUGACAUCUCCACCAGAAUCCGCCCUGUCAAUGGCUCUCCCAACAGAUGGUCUUGGGAGGUCGCUUCCUGGGCCGAGAAGGAUGGCUGGAGCAUUCACGCUGAUGGUCUGAUCCAAGCUGAAUUCGAGCCUGUCAGCACUGAAACUCCUACUUUCAAGACUGCUUUGGGUCUCGUUGACAACACUCCUACCAUGAUCGAGCAUGAUGUUGAGCAGUCGAUGAGAGAUGCCGGUGUUAAGGCAACCCAGUACGGACCAACCUUCCGAAAUUCCACUCGCUUCUGGGAGGGCAAGGGCUAUACCGUCCUUGAGCACCGCCUUCGUAACAUCCCCGAAAUAGAGACCAGACUAGGAUCUCCUGGUGGUGCUCCUCUGCAAAUUACUGAGGAUGGACGCCGCCCUGCUCAGAUGCCCAAUUUCUUGGGUCGCUUCCGAGUCUCUAAUCGUAUCCCCUAUGUCCCCAAAGGCCGUGUUGACAUCGUCACCCGCUUGAUCGACUACGACUACAAGGGUGGACGACUGACAGUGAGCGUUGCCGCAUUCUUCAAUGAUGAAAAUGGCAACAGAACCCCUAUUGCUGAGUGGGAGACUAUCCGUUUCCGUACUAUUGGCUCUGCCGAUGAGGAAAGUGAUCCAGUUGCGACUCUGCCAACCCACUGGGCCUGGGAUUCCCUCAAGCGCUUCGAUUUCCUCCCCAUUGAUGAGCUUCGCAAAAGUCUGACGGUUGACUUCACUGACUUCCGCGGAUCUAAGUUGAGUCGAAUGAUCAAGUUGAAUAAGGUGUCUUCCUACUACCUGGACAAGGCUGCAAAGGAGCUGGUCAAUGAUGAUCUGAGCAACCUGCCUUUCCACCUGGCUAAGCAUGUUGCCUGGGCCAAGGGAACCCUCGCGGGGCCCGAAGGUGCUGAGAUAGCGGAUGAAGCCCUUGUUGAGGAAGUCCGGAAAAUGGAUGCUCAGGGUGAGCUUCUUUGCAUCAUUGGAGAGAACCUCACUCGCAUCCUCCGCCAAGAGGUUGACACUCUUGAACUCAUGCUGGAGGACGGCCGUCUUACCCGAUACUACGAGGCUGACCCUGCCAACGCGGAGAUGAGUAAGGUCGUGGGAGACUUAGCCGAUCAACUUGGAAGAAUCGAAUCUGAUUUGCGCAUUCUUGAAAUUGGCGGUGGUACUGCCGGUACUACGCUCCACGUGUUGAACAGUCUCUCUCAUGACCGCGUGGAGCCAUCUUUCCUCAACUACACCUUCACUGAUAUCUCCUCCGGUUUCUUCGAACGGGCCCGUGAGAAGCUCGCAAAAUGGAGCGACCGCAUCACGUACAAGAAGCUUGACAUCUCCCAAGACAUCCAUGAGCAAGGAUUCAAGGAUGAGGAGUUUGAUGUUGUGAUUGCUGCCAAUGUUCUCCAUGCUACUGAGGACAUGGUGGUCACCAUGACCAAUGACGACUACCGUGACCAUGAUAUGGGUCCCAUGAUGCCUGUUGCCGAGUGGGACCGACUGCUCAAGGACACUGGAUUCUCUGGUGUCGACACGAACAUUCAGCCAUUCGAGCGAGAGGAAGUUGGCGUCAUUUCCUCCUCUAGAAUUGGCAAGCAGGAUGAGAACCCGAUCACCAUUGUCGCACCUUUCUUCGAUGAAGAGGAAGUUGAAUUUGCUCAGACCGUUGCCGACCAGCUUGGCGAGCAACUGGGCUGCGUUGUUGAGACCAAGCCCUUCUUCGAAGUGGAAGUCGUUGAAGAAAUGCACUAUGUCUUCAUUGAUUCGCCUCGCCAGUCCAUUUUUGGUGAAGAGUUCUCGGCUGAGGCCUUCGAGCUUUUGCAGAACCUCACCUUGCACAACAAGUCUCUUUUGUGGGUUAUCCCUCAGGGCGCCGAUAUCAGAGCCAAGUCCAUCAAGGGUAUCAUGCGGACUCUGCGCCUGGAAACUAUUCCCAAGAAUCUUCUCAUGCUUGAGGAUGUGCCUGCCACGUCCGAGGGUGUGCCCGACAUUCUGAGACUUGCAAAGACGAUUCGUGACCCCGAAGUCAGCCGUACCGACGAGCAGGACUUUGUCUGGGAAAACGGUCACAUUUGCCUCCCCCGUAUGAACGAUAUGGGCGUGAGGGAACGCUUUGCAGUUGAGAAGGGCCUUCUCUAUAAGAAGGUCCAAAGUCUGUGGAAUGGCGAACGUGCUCUCGAGAUGACCAUUGAGGGAGCUGGUAGCGCAGAAUCUAUCUACUACCAGCGUACUGAUGCUCUUCAGAAGGUUCUCGCCGAUGACGAGGUUACGAUCGAGGUCGAGGCCGCUGGUCUCAGUCACCGUGAUCUCGAUGUCAUCCUUGGUGCUCUACCAUGGGCACCCCCAGGUUUUGACGGUGUCGGCAAGGUGACCCGCAAGGGCGCUGGCGUGAAGGACCUCAACGAGGGCGACCGGGUGGUUUACCUUUCCCUGGAAGGCAGUGGCUUCGCUAAUUACAAGACCCUGAACUCGUGGCAAGUGGCUAAGGUUCCAGCAACACUCGAGUCUGCCGAUGCUGCCAGCGUACCCCUCGCAUACACCAUUGCGGUUCUUGCUCUCCACCAGACUGCCCACCUCCGCAAGAGCGACAGUGUUCUUAUUCACUCCGCCGCUGGUGCAGUUGGUCAGGCUUGUGUCAACCUCGCUCAGAAGAUCGGGGCUAAGAUCUUUGUGACUGCUGGUACCGAUGAGAAGCGCGAAUUCCUUCACAAGACCUUCGGAAUCCCUAAAGAGCAGAUCUUUUCUGACCGUACUGCUGAGUUCCGCGAUGGUAUCCUUUCUGCGACCGGUAGUAAGGGUGUCAACGUUAUUGUGAACUCCCUUGGUGGUGACUUGCUGCCCGAGACGUUUGCGCUCAUCGCUCAAUUCGGUCGCUUUGUGGACAUUGGCAAGAAGGAUUCCUUCCAGAACAACAACUUGCCCAUGCAGUCUUUCUUCCGCAACGUGACUUUCAGCAGCAUUGACCUCCGUGACCUCUACAAGCACCAGCCAGAGGCUGUGCAGGAGGCAUUCGCUCAGGUUGUCGAGUUCUUCCAGUCCAGCUCGGUGCCUUCCAUCCAGCCUGUCACUGUCCUGCCCAUCUCGCAGCUGGACGCUGGAUUGCGUAAACUGAAGAACGGUGAUGUGACCGGUAAGAUUGUUCUGAGCCUGGGUAAGGAAGAGCAAGUUCUGGCACAGAGCGACUUGAAGUCUUCCUCUACCAACCUCAAGGCCAACGCUACCUAUGUUAUCACUGGUGGUACCCGUGGUAUUGGUUUGGACCUUGCCCAUUGGUUGGCUGAGAAUGGUGCGCACCACAUUGUGCUGCUCAGUCGGAGCGGACCUUCUAGCCAGGGUGCCCAGGACAUCCUGGCUAAGUACCAAGGCUCUGACAUUGAAGUGCGCGCUAUCGCUUGUGAUGUGGGCUCUCGCGACGCCCUUGCCGAAGUUCUUGAAAGUGUCAAGGAUAUGCCUCCUGUUGCCGGUGUCAUCCACAGUGCUCUUGUCCUCAAGGAUAAAAUUUUCGACCAUGCCACCUAUGAAGAUUGGGAAGCAAUCACCCAGCCCCGAGUUGGAGGUGCUUACAACUUGGAUGCACUCCUCCCCAAGGACCUCGACUUCUUCAUUAUCCUUUCGUCGUUCCUUGGUGACAGUGGUAACGCUGGUCAGGCUAUCUAUGCUGGUACAUCCACAUUCUAUGACGCUUUCUGUGAGGAACGCAACGCCCGCGGCCAGUACUCUGUGGCCAUUGGUCUGCCCGUUAUUCUCGAUGUCGGAUAUGUGGCCGACAACGAUCUUGCCGAUACGCUCAAGACCAGCCUUGGUGGAACCCUGACCAUGGCUGACAUCCGUACCAUUAUGAAGUGUGCGGUCGAAGGACCAUCCUCUCCUUUCGUCCACAAGGGCAAGAUUUCUGCUUUCUGCUUCUGGCUUGAUGGCAAGCCUCAGGGUGACAACGAGGCCAUGCAGCAUUUCCACCCUGUCCACACCCGCGAACGUAUCAAGGCGCAGGCCAAUCGCCACGGCCAAAUCGCCAAUAGCAACAAUGCCAACGUUGCCACCUCUUCUUGGACCAAGGCAGCCGACCCACAGGCCGGUCUGACCGAGGCCUUGAUCCACAAGGUCGCCACAAUGACCAUGAUGGACAUUGAGGAUGUGGCUGCCGAUGUUCCUCUUGCUUCCUUCAGCUUGGAUUCCCUUGUGUCGGUCGAGCUUCGCAACUGGAUCCGUCGUGAGACCACUGUUGAAUUGACUCUCAGUGCCAUUACCCAGUCAGAAGGCUUGUCCAGCCUGGCUUCGGAGAUUCUGAUUCUCAGGGGCUCAACUUAG